AUGGCAGACCGCACAGGACGCUGGGGCUCCGAGGGUCAAGGAUCCUCUCGCUCGAGAAGGGAGGAAGAAGAACGCCUCGAACGACAAGCAGCAGCUCGCCAAUCCGACCGGGCAAGGCGGGCCCGUGAUGACGAGACAUUCACGGGAUCUCACAAGGCGGUGCCAGUAGAUCACUACAGCAACUAUGCUAACUCCCGUGAGGAACUCUACCAACAGAACAGACAUAGGACGGAGGAGAUGAAGAGAAAUCCAAGUGUCAAAAGCUAUUGGCCUUCCCAAAACGCAGGAGCUGAGGAGACGUACCUGAAACAAUGGAACAGGGCUGACGUGUAUCGUAGCGACCACUCUAACGAUGAAGCAGGAUAUGCAGCGCACCGAAGAGAGCGACUGGAGUGUUCCGAAGGAAACGCACAGGUGAUGGAACAGAGUCCUGCAUAUGGCAUCAGUGUUCGAGACUUCGCAUAUCCGAAAGAACACUCCUCUUCCAAUAAUUAUCGAGACCCGCGCGAAGCCCUGACUCCGGCCUGUGGGCUUAGUCCUGACGGUUAUUAUUCAAAGUACGACACACCCAGUCCGGAAGGAAAGGGUAAAGGAAAGCGGUGA